ACGUAAAAAUUGGUAAGGAAUUCAAUUUCAAUUCCUAAUUCCUAGCAACAAAAUCGUACCUGAUAAUUCUGUGCCUCUAUAAUUAUAUAGCAAGCUACCAAAUGUUGCAUUUCGAAGAUAAUUGGGUUCGUCUACGUGUCACACGGACAACACUCGGUUUUUUAUUCUAAAAAAAAUAAAUUGAAAAAAGCAAGUGUGGAUGGGAAAUUUUGCAAUAAAUUUCAUUUGGAGGUUGGAGUAGAGAUAGAAUCAUCGGAGGAAGAACCUUAUCAGCCACCAACUAAAUUUUCUAAUGGCCACGGCGGCAAUGGCGUCUACCGCCGUCUUCUUACCUCGUCUUCCAACCGGCAUCGCCACCGCCCGUUGUACCGCCUUACCUAACCUCCCACCUCGUCCGUUUCCGACUUCAAUCAAACCGGUUUCAGAGUCAAAAAGGUCAUCUGUGUUCCAUGUCAAAGCCUCAGAAGAUGCAUCAUCGUCAUCCUCCAUUGAUACCGAUGAGUUGUUCACCAGCCUAAAGGAAAAGUGGGAUGCAGUUGAAAACAAACCAACAGUCAUAAUCUAUGGAGGAGGAGCAUUUGUUGCUCUUUGGCUAUCUUCUGUUAUUAUUGGUGCUAUCAACAAACUCCCAUUGCUUCCUAAUGUCAUGGAGUUGGUAGGAGUUGGAUACAGUGGCUGGUUUGUCUACAAAUAUCUUCUCUUUGAGUCAAGCAGGAAAGAAUUGUCUGCAAAGAUCGAAUCAAUCAAAAAGGAAAUCUCAGAAACAUAGACAAGUACACCAUCAAAUGGAAUUCUUUUUUAUUUUCAUUUAUGUAAUUUGAUAUAUUUAAAACAUGUAUAGAGAGAUCUUUCUAUGGAAUAUGUAUUUAUGUACCCCAAACACAAAACAAUUUCGUGUGUUUUAUUAUAUGUAUCCAACAAGUCAUAAUUGUAUCAUAA